AUGUCCAGGCCGCCGCUGCCGCUCCUGCAGCCCACGGCCUCGCUGCUGCUGCCCCUGCUGCUGCUGCAGCCCACGAGGGCCUCGCUGCAGCCCAACACGCUACCGUCAAUGGCGCCGCCGCCCUGGUCACCCGUUCGAGCGCCGCGAAUCGCCGACCGCGGCGCGGGCCGGUACACCCAGGCGCGGAGCGGCGCGGACGGCAACGUCACGCUCUGCUGGAACGCAGUCGAGCCCGAGGCGGGCCUGCGGCUCGCGAGGUGCGGCGGCUCGUCGUGCGAGGGCUGGUCCCACCCGCCGACGCUCGUCUCUGGCGCCGACGGCGAUCCGCGCUUCAUCCGGAUGCGCAUGGCGCACCGCUCCUCGCGGCCAGUCCUCUGCCACACGUCGAGCGGCGGCCGCGCCCUCUCGCUCGGCAUCUGCCUCGACGCGGUCUGCAGCCAGUUCAAGGCGGUGGAGCUCGAGAGGGCCGUCAAGGUGCGCCACUGCGACCUCGAGUCGUCGGGCCGCGAGGGCACGCGCGUCGCCGCCGCCCUGUCGGACGAGGCCGGGUCGCGCCUGGUGCUGCUGAGGGUGGACCUGCCCACCGGCUCCGUGGCGGCCAAAACCGUGCUGGCGACCGCGGCGGACCCCUUCACCGUCAACGAGACGACGCGGCGCCCCGAGCGCGGCAUCGAGGGCCCCGUGCUCGCGGAUCGCGACUUUGGUGCGGGCGCCUUCCCCGACCUCGCCCUCUCGCCGCACGGCGCGCCGGCCCUCGCCUACUUCGUCGAGGCCUCGCCCUCGCGCGGCUGCCUGCGGGUGCUCCGCUGCAGCGACCCGCUCUGCGGCUCGUGGCGCCUCUUUGACGCCUCGUGCGGCCCGCGCGGGUACGGACGGGACGCCUCGCUCGCCUUUGGUCGCGACGGCGCUAUCGUCGCCUCGUUCCUCGACCUCGACGGCCACGACGACCCCGCGAGGAUGAUUGCGCGCGUGGCGGUGUACAAUGAUAGCCAGGGCGCCGUGCGCAGAUUAGAUUAG